AUGGUGUCGCAUUGUCCUACAAAAUCACCCGCUACCAAUGACAAUCUUGAACUUGAAAUUAUUUCUAAGGGUUCACUUGAUUUUGAUGAAUGCGUUUCACUCAUCUUAGAGACUGAGAAAACUUAUCCUGAUAAUGUGGAUAAAAUAUGUCUAGUUUAUGACCAAUUCUUGUCUGAAUUCCCUUUGUGUCAUGGGUAUUGGAAGAAGUAUGCGGCACACAUGUCACGGUUAUGCACCAUGGAUAAGGUUGUUCAAGUCUUUGAACAAGCUGUCUCCGCUGCAACAUAUUCGGUUGGCUUGUGGGUUGACUACUGUAGCUUUGGUAUGUCUGCUUUUGAGGAUGCAUCUGAUAUUCAGAGAUUGUUCAAGAGAGCCAUUUCCUUUGUUGGGAAGGAUUACUUAUGCCAUACCUUGUGGGACAAGUAUAUCCAUUUUGCGUUUUCCCAGCAGCAGUGGAUUUCUCUUGCUCACAUUUAUAUCCAGACCCUUAAAUUUCCAACCAAAAAGUUACACCAGUAUUAUGAUAGUUUUAAAAAGCUGCUAACCUUUUUGGAAGAUGGCAUAACAAGUCAGGACAAUCCUCCAAGGGAAUUACAAUCUGAAUCAUGUUUUGAUGGUGAAAUUCCCAUGACUACGUGUUGCAAUGAUGAUAAGGUUUAUUGUAUUAUCAAAGAUAUGGUGGAUUCGUCUGUUGGAUUGACCAGUUCAGUAGCUCUAAAAAAGUACAGGAUCAUUGGAGAACAGCUUUAUCAUAAGGCUUGCGAACUGUAUUCAAAGAUUAGUUCUUUUGAGGCAAAUAUUCCAAGAUAUUACUUUGAUGUCCUACCACUUGAUGCAAAUCAAUUGCAGAAUUGGCAUGAUUAUCUGGAUUUUAUUGAACUUCAAGGGGAUUUUGACUGGGCUGUGAAACUUUACGAGAGAUGCUUAAUUGUGUGCGCCAAUUAUCCUGAUUACUGGAUGCGUUAUGCGGACUUCAUGGAAGCCAAGGGAGGAAGAGAAAUAGCAAAUUAUUCUCUAGACCGAGCAACCGGAAUUUAUUUGAAGAGUGUGCCAGCAAUCCAUUUAUUUAAUGCUAGGUUUAAGGAGCAAAUAGGAGAUGUUUUAGCUGCUCGUGCUGCAUAUAUUCGUCGUUGUAAAGAGAUAGAUUCAGACUUUGUGGAGAAUGUUAUAUCAAAAGCUAAUAUGGAAAAACGUUUGGGAAAUACGGAGUUGGCUUUCAGUAUAUACAAAGAAGCACUUGAAAUAGCUGCAACAGAGGAAAAGCUACAGGCCCUCCCCAUGUUAUAUGUUCAUUUCUCUCGGCUAAAAUAUAUGAGUACAAACAACGUGGAUGCUGCUAGAGUUGUCUUAACUGAUGGUAUCAGAACUUUGCCUCAAAACAAAUUGCUUCUGGAGGAAUUGAUAAAGUUCUCUAUGAUGCAUGGAGGGAAAAAACACAUGGAUGUAAUAGAUUCAAUUAUUGCAGGUGCAUUAUCUCCAAAGUCUGAUAUUUCUCAAGGUCUGAGUGCAGAGGAUGCGGAGGAUAUAUCGAACUUAUACCUAGAGUUUGUUGACUAUUGUGGAACCAUAAAUGAUGUAAGGAAGGCAUUGAAUCGACACAUAAGAUUAUUUCCAGACUCUGCACGAAUAAAUUCAUGUCAGCACUCGACCAAAAGUAGAAGGCCACUCAAUUUGAUCAAGAACAAGAGAGAAGAGACUUCUGUUGCCAUGUCUGAUGAAGCACCUAGAGAUCCUAGUUCUAACUUGCAAGCGCAUUUACCUCAACAAAACAAGAAAAUGUCGUCGGAGAAAUAUUGUGAUACUCAGUCUGAUGAUGCCAAUGAUGGAUUGGUCUUAAUGGAGAAUAAUACAACUCAGCCUAAUGAUACAGAUCCAGCCUGUCUUCAAAUUACGGAGUCAGAUGACAAAGCAGAAGAUAAUGCAAGGGAAUUACCUAUCUCAGUUUCAGAAGAGCCAAGAGACAAUGAUUCUGAACAGCAUUUUCCGUCUGCAGAUUUAGUUGGAGUGAAAGAGGAAUCUACCAAAUUUGAGAAUUUAAAAAAAGAUUGUUCUGGAUCUGACAUUUCAUCAGAAAAUUUAUUGCAUCCAACAGCCAGUGGAAAUCAACCCUCCCAAGCCUUGCAAGCAUCGUCAAAUGAAAAUUCUGUUUUUCCUCAGGGGAAGUGUGAGCUUGAGACUGAAGAGUUGAAGCCCCUUUCUGUAACAAGUGAGUCACUGAACCCCCAGGAAAGUACACGCCCUGAUUCAGGACUAACAGCAUCUCAGGUGGAGUGCGAGACAAUUCCAGAAAGCUGCAAGUCAAAUACUGCGAAUUGGUACAACUCUUCAAGAAGUACUCAAGUUUCUGAUUAUGCCCAAACUCAUGAUGAGAGAAACAGGCCGAAUCAUCUGGUCCAUAGAACAAAAAGACCAUUUUUUCCAUCCCGAUUGUCUAGAAAUAGUGGUGGAAAUUGGGGUCCGAAUAGAAAUACUGGUAAAUUCCGUGGAGGUUCUAAAUACGGUAACCGUGAACGUGGAGGUCCCAACUAUGGUAAUCGUGAGUAUACACAUAGAAAAGAGCACCAGCACCGGCAUUUAUCUCUGCAGCAAAUGCAUACAGGUGAUGGGGGAGCAUAUUUUCCCGUAGUUCCUGUGAGUUCUCAAUCUGCAUUGCAAGUUCAGCAAUGUAAUCAAGGACAAAACCAAUUUCAAGCCACUGCUCCUACUGCUGAUUUUGUGGCUGCUCAAAGUUGGCCUAUACAAAACAUUCAGACGCAAAACUCUUUAUCUCAGUCUCAAUUACAAGCUAGUACCACAUCAAACGUAUCACAGCAUUCAAUGCAAGACAAUGAUCAAUAUGGAUAUAUGCAGAAUGGCCAAGACCAUAAUCAGAUGUGGCAUCAUUAUUACUACCAGCAGCAGCAGUUGCAACUACAACAUUAUUCUCAAUUGCAACAACAAUCAUUCCAACCGGAAUUGUUGCAACAACUUAAACAACAAUCAUUCCAACCAGAAUUGUCGCAACAACUUCAACAACAAUCAUUCCAACCGGAAUUGUCGCAACAACUUCAACAACAAAGUCAACCAGAACCUCUUCAACCACAACAACUGCAACAGUUGCACUUCCAAAUACAACAGGUUCUGCAGCAGCAGCAACCACAGCAGCAAGAGCAUUCUGUUUACCUUCAGCAGCUACAGCCGUCAACACAAAGCAGCAGCAAUCCCGCAGAAGACCAAAUGCAGGCAUUAGUGAUACCGCAGGGCCAGGAAGCAAUGUCAUCACAGCAAUCAGGCGACCCGGGGUUAAUUUCUUCUUCUGUUCUGAACCAUCCCCAAGAAAAACCCACCCAAGAAGAGUAA